AUGACUGCAGCACCGUUGAGUGAGCGAGAACAGCUCGCGUCUCUUGUCGAACAAUGGAAUGAAAAUCGUCUGGAUUUAUUUCAUCUCAGCUAUCCAACCGAGGAUCUCGAGAUCGAGGGCGUCAUGCGCUUCUACUUCCAGGAUGGUGGUGAAAGAGUACUGACGAAGUGUGUCCGUGUGUCUAGUACUGCGACAACACGUGCCGUUGUGGAAGCGUUGACUGACAAAUUCUUGCCGGACCUGAAAAUGCUUUCUGAUGACACUUACAGUCUCUGGGAGGUUCACGAAAGUGGUGGAGAGCGGAAACUAGAUGACGAAGAAAAACCCUUACUGGUGCAGCUUACCUGGCAUCGCGACGAUCGCGAGGGACGGUUUUUGUUGCGGAAAAAUCGUCAAGGAUUAGCUCCACUAGCUACAAUACAGCUGCCAGAAGAAGAGAACAUGAAACGUGGUACAAAACGGUUUUCGAAACGUGAAAAGAAAGAAAUGAAGAAAAGGCAUCAGAAAGAUAUAAUUACUGUGAACACUGGCCGCGAGGAGGCGUUAGCGCCGGUUACUGAUCUCUAUUGUCAGGUUCCACCUAAUUCAUUUACUCGAACGAUAUCGAAUCCUGAAGUUGUGAUGAAGAAGAGGAGGGAAAGGAAGCUGGAAACGAGGUUGAAGGAGAUGGGUCAUGGUGGAAGUUUGAAGAUUUACGGUGGUGAGUUAGUGCCAUCACGACCAUAUGUGACGAUAUUGGUCUCGAUGUACGAUCGUGCUGAUAAAAUUCUCGCUGAAGCACUGGAAAAGUACGGUAUCGACCCGAGUAAUGCAAUCGACUAUGUGCUAGUUGAGGUGAGUACUGGCCGUCGUGCUGGUGGGUGCUUCGUCGUCAUCCCAUUGUCGUUGUCUCAGCAAUGCAUCCUGUCCUUGUCAGCAACAUUGUUCACCCUUUCAAGGUGCCGGUCUCGGAAACAAACCAGUCAUAGUUUCAAUGAUCUUCGCAAUCUUCCUUCCGAUGGCAGAGUAAUCGACGCAGAUGAAGCUCCACUGAUGCAGAUGGCUGCAAAGGGUAACGGGUAUCCAGACACGUAUCUUGCGCUAAGGAGAAAGCAGAAUCGCGGUUCUCGAGUCGUUGUUCAAGAUCGUGCUAACAAUGUGUCAGAACAAGCGAACAUGAUGCCCUCAGCAGGAAAAGAACCAACGUUGCACUUUCUCGCACCCGAUGGCUCUCCGAUGAACCCACCGCGUGCUCUUAAUCUGAGUGGAGGAGUCACCGAAGUAGGAAGCGACCGAGCACUGGCCCAAUUUUCGGCUCAGAAUAUUUGCGUAAGUUUAAGUUGUUUUCCACGACAUUGUAUUGUCUGUGAAACCUGUUCGCAAAAGUUUUAUUUCGCGUUUAGCUCGAUGGUGCAGAAAUGCGUGGGCGGGCGGCAUUGUGUUAUUACAUACAUGGACGGAAUUGUUACAAUCACUCCGAGUGCUGCGGAUGCGAUAAUUGAGGUAAGCAAUAAGGCAGAAUCUUUGUUUGAUCCUCAUAUAAUACUUAACAGUGUCUGUUUGAUAGCGAUUGCUUGUUCCGUGUAG